GCAGCAGAAACAGAGGCAGCGACACACCCAACAGCACAGCGCCCCGCCCCGCCCACGCAUUCGCCGGCUUUUCCGCCUGCACCACGGCCGACCUGCGCAGCUCUCGCCCCGUCCCAUGAGCGCAGACAGCAGCGCGACCAGCGGCCACCGGGCACAAUGAACGGCACACCACGACCGCGCCCAGGCGGCUUCCCGUCGACGCCGCAGCACCAGCAAGCCCGCUCGCCAGGCGCCCAAACGCCCAGCACCUCGUCCACCUCGCGCCGACCCAACGUCAACACGCCCCUCCCCGACGUGCCUCGACCGGCUGCGGAUGCGACACACUCGUCGGGCCCUUGGAUACCCGCGCACAUCAUCGACCCUGCGCAACAACGCCUCUACGUAUGCUCGAUAUACAUCGCACUCUGGGGAUGGAAACUGUACGACUUCUACAACCUGGCCAUCGAGGAGGACGAGUCGGUGUGGUCGUGCAUGAAAUGGUGCGGCCUCGACAUGACCUUCUUCAUGCUGGGCGUCCCGCUGCUCGACAUUCCCUGGCUGCAAUGGAGCACCUCGACGUCCUUCAUGCUCUUCGUUGUCCAUGCUGCGCUGGACGUCAUGCUCAUGUUCCGGAUUGGCAUACCUGUGCAGGCCUGGUUCAUCUCGCUGGCUGGCUUCCUCUUUGACAGCGAGCUGGCCAUCAGUGAGCGCAGCGUCAAGCCUGGGCCCAUUCUGCACAAUGCCUCUCUCAUCCUGGGCAAGCAGAUCAUCAACAUUCUUCCUGAAGGAUCUGCUGUCUUGAACCCUGAGAAGCUCAACUUCUGCCUGAAUUCCACCGUUACCUCCGUUGAGCUCCCGAUUCUCAUCAACCAGACCGAGCCCGUCGAGCUGGACCUUCUUCGCCUCGACUUCGACACGGACCAGAACGAAACCAUCACGAUCAAGAAGGGCGAGCUCAAGGGGCUGCUGAAGAAGGCACGCAAGGCCGCGAAGAGGACGGACCCGGACGACCCGCUCCUUCUCCGAUACACUGUGAAGAAGCCUGGCGUGUACCUGCUCAAGAAGGUGGUCGAUCAGUCCAAGCUGGAGGUGCGCCCGAGGAGCACCAACGCAAUUGUCGUCAAAUGUCCACAAGCCCGCGUGAAGCCCACCGGAGACAGGCGCUGCCGAAAUGACCUUUCCAACGUUGAGCUCGAAGUGGAAGGCGUGCCGCCGCUGUACGUCAAGUACCGCUUGACCGUCGAUCGUCAGCCGCGCGGAGGAUCUGAAUUCCAGAACUUGCAACCAGACGAAUUCUUGUCUCCACUGUCACGACAGACCUCUCAAGCUUUGGUGAAGAGCGGGAAGGAAGACGUCUCCUGGGCGCGUUCCCACAAGGUUACCGUACCUUUGAAUGAGACCCUGGCAACCGGCAGUGGUUGGGAAUACGCCGUCGAAGAGGUGCAUGAUGGGCUUGGGAAUCUGGUCAGCUUUGUCGGAAAUGAGGAGGAAGACCACCCCAAGGCCAGGAUCGCCGGCACUUAUCAGGGUUUCGAGGUGCACGAACGCCCGCGCAUCUUUUUCAACAAGUGCAACGCCCAGAACCCCAUGCGGGUAGCCAAGGGUCGCAGCGAGCCUUUGCCUAUUAGCUACGCAUCCACAGGAAAGCAUCGGGUCGAUAGCCCGCAUAAGAUUCAGUGGCUCUUCACGCCAGAGGUCGACAUCGUUGCGGAUGGGCACCACAGCGCAAAUGCAGAGACCAGAGAAGGAACCAUCAAGCCGGGCGUUGGCAAGAUACACGCAUCUGAGGCUGGCCUUUACACGCUCAAGUCCGUCUCCACCGAGUUCUGCGAAGGUGACGUGCUUGAGCCGACUUCUUGCCUCGUGCAGAACCCUCCUAUGCCCGAGAUUGAACUGAACAGCGAGGAUAUCAUCGACAAGUGUGCUGGAAAUCCCAUCGGUCUGCGCGUCGACAUGGAUUUCAUCGGUACUCCGCCGUUCUUUGUCAAAUACGUCGAGCAGCAGAAGGGUAAAGCUAGGGCGCAACCGCGCGAUAUCCAGAUCGGCUCGCUCAAAGGUAGCAUCGAUCUCGCCCCGGAGAACACUGGCCACUACACGUAUACUUUCAAGUCUAUUUCCGAUGCGGUAUACCAGGAUCGACCUUUGCAUAACCUUGUGCUGCAGCAAGAAGUCCGGGCCCCCGCCUCGGCUCACUUCAUCGACAACAGACGAACCAAACAGGCCUGCAUCGACGAUUACGCUGAGUUCAGUGUGCAACUUACGGGCGAUGGACCUUUCAAGUUAGAAUACGAAGUAAUGCACAACGGCAAACGUGAUAAACAGACGGUCGAUGUCGACGGGGACUACUACACAAUCAAAACACCAAAGUUGAAGAACGGCGGGGAAUACACGGUUGCCCUGGUCAGCAUCGUUGACAGCAGAAAGUGCAAAGACACGCUCAAAAACCAAGAAGUUAAAGUGCAGGUUCGACAUGAGCGACCCAAGGCCUACUUCGGUCUGGUGGAUGGUAAACAGUCGAUUAUGGCGCUUGAGGGCAAGAAGGUGGAUCUUCCUCUUCGGUUGUCUGGAGUUGGCCCUUGGACUGUCGAGUACGAGAAUCUGGACACCAACGAGAAGCAACGGGUCCACGUGUCGAACGCGAAUGCCCCUCUCUCUAUCACACAGCAGGGUACCUACCGCCUCAUGGCAGUCAGUGACUCAGUUUGCCCUGGUUUUGUCGAAGAGAAGGCCAGUACAUUCAAUGUUGGUUGGAUCGCACGGCCACAGAUUAGCAUCCCCGAGACAUCCUCGGUUGUCUUUGAAAAUGGCAAAUACGUCAAGGACGCUGUUUGCGAGGGUGACGAAGACUCCUUCGAAGUGGCCCUGCUAGGCAAUGCUCCCUUCGAGGUCUCAUACAAACAAGAGUACAAAGGCAAGGGUAAGACUGCUGCACCUCGCGAUAAGGAUAUCCGGGCUGUGAGUGGAUUGACAACCAUCCGUGCCGACACGGCCAAUGCGGGCACCUACGAAUACACGUUCCACAAGCUCGCCGACAGCCGGUACGACCAUUCGAAGAAGCAUUUCCAGCCGCUUGUUGUCCAACAAACGGUCAAUCCGCGCCCUUCAGCACGUUUCGACACGCCGGGCAAGACCUACAGCUACUGCAGCCGCGAGUCCGACGGCGAAGAGGUCAUCCCCAUGACGCUCGAAGGCCAACCCCCCUUCUACCUCGAAGUCGAAAUCAAGCAAGCCGGCGUCCCCAAGCCCGAAAUCAGCGUCCACCGAGAUAUCCGCAGUCCCAAGUUCGACCUCAAGAUCGAGCACCGCAAGCUCCACCUCGGCGUCUCCUCCAUCACCAUCCGCAAAGUCCGCGACGCCCGCGGCUGCACCCUCAAGCCGUCGCCCGCCUCCCCCCGCGUCCAGGUCAGCGUGCACGACGCGCCUACGGCGACCGCCCUCGAAGAGCGCGCAGACUUCUGCGUCGGCGAGCGCCUCUCCUUUGCGCUCUCCGGCCAGAACCCCUUCACCGUAUACUACACGUUCAACGGCGAGACGCGCAAGGCGUCCAACGCGGCGACUACGUUCCGACGUCUCGCGGAGCUGCCCGGCACCUUCACCAUCACGGGCCUGCGCGACUCGGCGUCCGACUGUCUUGCGCCGCUGGAUCUUACCAAGCACAUCCAUCCCAUCCCGUCUGUGCGGCUUUCCGGUGGGCAGGUCAGUUCCGUGGAUAUCCACGAGGGCGGGAACGCGGACUUGCACUUUCAGUUUGAGGGGACGCCGCCAUUUGAAUUUACCUACACGCGGUCUACGAAUGCGGCGCGAGGAAAGAAGAGUAGGGUGCUCGAGAUCAAGACGGAGGUGAGCCAUGAGAAGGAGAUGUUUGUCCCUGUGCAGGAGGAGGGAACGUAUGAGGUUGUUAGUAUCAAGGACCGGUGGUGUGGGUUCGCGAAGCAGGUGGAGGGUGUUGAGGGUCGGGGUGGGCAGAAGUUGUUGCAGUAUUAGUUAGUUGGUGAGGGGUGACGUAAAAAGCACGGUAGGAGUGUAGAGGGUGUAGGCGUGCGGGGCAUGAGCAUUUGUCGGCGUUAUACUGUGG